UUGUUGAAAUGUAUGUAGGUACAAGUGGUUUCACUUACAAUGGUGGGGGAGUCCAGAAUGAACUGGGCUGGAGAGACAGCGGUGGAGAUACACUCGCUGGAGCUCUGGACCCAUCUCCCUGGUUGAGAGCUGUCGAGACACUGAGACCUCCGAGAACACUUGUCCUCCACUGUACACCAGCCACACAGAGGAAAUGAGUCUUCCUCUGUGCACUCCACACAUGACGAUGACUCUGAGCACGUCUCCAGAGGGUACAGAAAGACCUAUGACACAUGAUAAAGAUGAAUAGUUGCAGUAAAUGCCAAUGUCUUGCACUGAUGGGACAUUAUCAAUUGUUUGCAACAGAGAACCAGUUGGGUUAUUGGUAUCUGUUGUUUUUACUUCAUACUGCAUUG